AUGGGUAAGGAAAAGUCAAAGAAACGUCGGCGGUCCUCUUCAUCGCAGAGGAGUACUAAUUCCAGUAGUUCUGAAUCAUCUCAUGAAAGGAAGAAAUUACGGAAAUUAAAAAAGAAGUUGAAGAGAGAACAGAAAAAAACGGAAAAAUUAUUAAAGAAAAAACUCAAAGAAGAGAAGAGAAAAUUGAAAAAAAAGCGCAGAAGCAACAGUGAAAGUCAAGAAUCUCCAAAAGAUGAAGCGACAGCCGAUAUACCUAUCGAACUGAUGGAUAAAUCAAAAGCUAUGGCGCCUAUGACUAAAGAAGAAUGGGAACAACGUCAAAGUGUGGUCAAAAGAGUGAUUGAUGAUGAGACUGGAAGAUACAGGUUAAUAAAAGGAGAUGGUGAGGUGUUAGAAGAGAUAGUGUCACGAGAUAGACACAAACAAAUUAACAAGCAAGCGACACAUGCUGAUGGAGCCUUCUUCCAGGCGCAGACUCUUGACAAGAACAAAUUGCUU